GGUGCGUAUAGUGACCUAUCACAUAUGAUAUAUCAGUCACUUUCAAGCCUUACAGUUCCGUAUAAUCCUACCUACCCCUCUACCCCUCUGCCACGCGAUUCGUCUAAUUUUGGAUUUCCUUCCUAAUUUGGAAUGUCCAACUAUGGUUAACCCUGGUUUCGUGCUGUGGCACAGCCUCUGAUCCAAAGAAGAUCGGACCAUCACGAUCUACAUCAACUCCCUGCCAAACCAGGUUUAUAGAGGCGAACAUGGGUUCUAACCGUGGACAUAUCUUCAGCCACUUCCGUGUAAAUUUUAGUAGUCGGUUCGCUUUGGUGAUAUAAGCGACCUAUAGACACGCCAAUGGUCAUGCCUAUAUGAAUUUAUGGGAAACUAUAUCCCGAAGUCUUUUGAAUACUUUCAAAUUGGAUUUGCAGUAUGGGACAUUUCAAGCUAUCUGCGUGGCUCUACGGGCUUACUCUAUGUCAACUCGUGUUAGCCCGAUGCGGUCAGGCACAAGACAAUGACACAAGCUGGCAUCAGUAUGUCCGCGCGCCAACGAGCAGCAUUGUCAAGCCAAAAGCUGUUCUCGGGGCAUAUACAUCGGGGGGCGUAACAAACCCCGAUGGCCUCAUAACCGGAAACAACUCAACGACACUAAUUCGCAGGGAGAGCGAUACUGCCAUACCUACUGUAGUCCUCGACUUCGGCCGGAAUGUCGUGGGUCUGCUAGAAAUCGACUUCGCGCGCUCAAUUAACGCGUCGAAUGGCCUCCCCGGACUGAAAUUGUAUUUCUCGGAGAGCUUGGAAUUCCUCGGGAAUAGGAGUGAUUUUACGCGUUCUGAUAAUGCGGGCCAGGGGGGCAGUAAUCCGCCGAAAAUUACCUCUGGAACUGAUCAGAUUGCCGUGAAGAACAAGCCGUUCACAUGGAUUAACCAAUGGGGCUGCGAAUUCGGAAGCCAGGUCUGCUCUGACGGCCUUCAUGGAUUCCGGUACGUGAAAAUUGAGUUGGAUGCACUUGCCAAAGACGCUCCUUAUACAUCUCCAUACGGCGAGAUUGCCAUUAAUUCGGUGAGCUUGCAAUGGUCUGCGUAUCUAGGUACCCCUGAUACCUACACAGGCUGGUUCGAAUGCUCAGACGCGGAGCUCACGCAGUGGUGGUACGAUGGUGCGUAUACUACAGAAAUAGGUACGGACGUCUUCCGGGACAACGACACAGAACCUCGUGGAGCGUCAAGCCCGUCGCUUUUGGGCAAAUGGGUGCUCCUCGACGGGGCGAAGAGGGACAGGGAUCCGUAUAUGGGAGAUCUGGCAGUAGCCGCGUUGACGGGUUACCUCACGCAUGAUUUCCCCGAGGCGGCUCGGAACGUGAUGGAAGAUUUGGCGCUGCGCCAGAGGAACGACGGGUGGAUACCUCCUGCGAGCAUCAACAAUUACCAACUGCAGCUCUUCGACUACCCCUUAUACUGGGUGACAUGUAGCUGGGACCUCGUCAUGUACACAGGAAACCUAUCGUACAUCGAAGCGUACUAUCCGGUUCUAGUAAAGGUCCUCGAUACUUACUACGUCUCCCACACGGACAACGCUACAUCUCUCCUAGUCCGGCAGAACGGUUACGGAGACUAUGCCUUCAUCCCGCGUGAUGGAUCGGCAACGUAUUACAGCGCGUUAUACGUGCUAGCGCUGAACCGGGCCGCCGACAUGGCCUCGCAGCUAUCGAAACCCGGCGAUGCUUCUCGCUGGCGUGACAGGGCAGCCAACGUCUCAGCCGGCGUGCUCGCAAACCUAUGGGACGCAUCGGCCGGAGCUUUUUACGACCGUAAAUGCACCGGGAGGGGAUGCAACGCACACGCACAAGACGGGAACAGCAUCGCGAUUCUAGCCGGCAUCACCGCCUCUUCCCCCAAGUACGCCGAAUCAGCACUAUCCUACCUCGCAAACGCAACCGGAAAACCAUACGGCCACGCCUUCUACGACGCGGGUGGUAACGAGCUCGGAGCCGGGUUCAGCGACAGGGUGUCUCCGUUUAUAUCGUACUUCGAGACAGCGGCGCGAUUCGAGAGCGGGCUAGCGGAAUCAGCGGUCGCGCAGCUGCGGGCUACGUACGGACACAUGGCGGCUGCGGACCCGGGGGUGACGAUGUGGGAGGGUAUCGGGGUCAAUGGGAGUAAAUACGAAGGCGCGUUCACGAGCUUGGCGCACGGUUGGUCGACGGGUGUGACGCCGCUUCUGACGAGUUAUGUUCUCGGGGUCCGGCCUGUGAAGCCUGGGUUUAGGGAGUGGACUGUUCGACCGCUUCCGAGUGCGGAUUUGAAUUGGGCUAAGGGGGUGGUUCCGACUCCUUAUGGGCCGUUAAGUGUGAGUUGGGAGAGAAAUCGGACGGAUGGGAGGAUCGUGGUGGAUGUUACGCCGCCGCCGGGGACGAAUGGGACGGUGGUUGUUCCGGAAGUACAGGGGGGGAAGGAACGGAGGGCUUGGGCUGAUGAUGGGGUUAAGUUAAAGAGGGAAAGAGCGGAUGGGAAUGUUGUUUUCAGAGCAGAAGGUGGUCGGCGGUAUUUUGUUAGAUGAUUACCUAAUGUGAUUUACGACUGUUUUAGGUAAUCUUGUUCAAGAGGUUCAGUUCAGGUUCAAAGUUUCCGAGUUCCAAGUUUAAGAUUUGAUGACUACACGAGCUUCAGUCAUCGAAUUUUAACUUAGUAAGCUCCCUUCGCUUAUAUAAUAAUUUCUGCUUAUUAAGG